UUUUUACCUGGUUUGGUGGGUGGUGCGAGAUCGAACACUUCCUCCUUCUCUCUCUCUCUCUCUCUCUCUCUGUCGCUGCGUUGCCACCUCGAUUUUGUUCCUGCAAAUCUAUACCUGAUCUGUAAGUUAUUUUCCGUUUUCUUAUUAUUAAAAUUGUCAUAGGGAUCGGUUGCAUUCAAUUCCACCCAAUUUUGCUAUGAUUCUACAACUCUGAGCGAUCUCAUAAACCCUAGAUCUCGCUUUUAUCGCCUUUUUAUGGAUUUGAUUUAGGGUUUUAAUUUUUGGAUCUCGAGGUUUUCGUUACAUUACAGCUAUAAUUUUGAGGGACUUGGAGGAAAUGGAAUAGGACGUUAAGUUGGGGACACGAGCGGAGGGUGUAUAGGUUUUAUUUUUGUAGAUCGUUAGGGUUAAGGUUGUUAUUUCAGAUGGCUUCCAAUCCUCCAUUUCAUGCGAUGGAGGAUCAGACGGAUGAGGAUUUCUUCGAUAAAUUAGUUGACGAUGAUUUUGGACCCACCAAUUCCGAUUCGGUCCAGAAGUUUACGGAGGGAAGUGAUUCUGAUGAGGCCAAAGCAUUCGCCAAUCUGAGUAUUGAGGAUGCAAGCGCUGAAGGUGGAACUGAGGUGAAAGGUGAGAAUGAUUCUGUGCAUGCCAGUACAGAAUUAUCCGGUGUGCAUGCAGAAGAAAGUAAUACAUUGGAUUCGUCCAACUCAUUGAGGUCGAAUGCUAUAGUUGAGUCAAAUAAUGAUGGGAUUGAGUCGGAGGUUGUACCAGAUCCAGUAUUAAGUAAAACUGUCGAAUCCACAAACUCAGGAGUUAAGGAGGUGGGAUGGAGUUCAUUUUAUGCUGAUUCUUUGCCUAAUGGGAAACAUGGAUUUGGGUCGUAUUCAGAUUUUUUUAAUGAUUUGGGGGAUACUUCUGGGGAUUUUCCUGGGAAAGUUGAUGAAGCCGCUAAUUUAGAGAAUACGGAUGGUGGCGGAUUGCAUAAUUCAAUCAGUUAUGGGGAAUAUCAAGAUGGCACACAACAUUAUGGAGGAUCCGCUGAAGAGAGUGUUAAUGGGCAGGAUUCCAAUAGCAGUCAGUAUUGGGAGAACAUGUAUCCUGGGUGGAAAUUUGAUGCCAGUACUGGGCAGUGGUAUCAAGUGGAUAGUUUUGAUGCAACAGCAAAUGUCCAAGACAGUUCUAAUGUUAACGCAGUGAAUGAAUGGGCAUCUGAUGGAAAAGUGGAGCUGAAUUAUUUGCAGCAGACUUCACCAUCUGUGGUGGGAACCAUGGCCGAGACUAGCACAUCCAAGAGUGUGUCCACUUGGAAUCAGGUAUCGCAAGGGAUUAGUAAUGGUUACCCUGAACAUAUGGUUUUUGACCCACAAUAUCCUGGUUGGUAUUAUGACACAAUAGCGCAAGAGUGGCGGUCCCUGGAAAGCUACACAUCUUCUGUUCAAUCAACAACUAUUCAAAAUCAUGAUCAGCAGAAACAAAAUGAAUUUGCUUUUGCUGAUUCACAUUCUCAAAAUACCAACGAUAUUUAUAGUGGAUAUCAGCAAGCUGACAAGUAUGGGUCACGAGGAUAUAAUAGCCAAGACAAGCAUGGUGGCUGGGGUGAGACUUAUGGUGACUAUAAUCAGCAAGGUUUGAAUAUGUGGCAACCUGAUACUGUUGCCAAGGCUGAUGCUGAUUCUAAUUUUGAUGGAAACCAGCAAUGGCAUACUUCUUAUGGUUCAAAUGUGUCCAUGAACAAUCAUGUGGAGCUGCACGAAUCUUUUAAUUCUUUGGGAACAGUUCCUUCAUAUGACAAAAUGACUCAGGGUCGUGUGGAUGCUAAUGGAUUUAUUGGGUCACAAAGUUUUAUACCUAGUGGGAACCUUGAUGUGCAGUUUAAUCAGGGAAAUGUAAAGCAGAAUGAACACAUGAACAUUUCAAAUGGUUACUAUAGCAGUCAGAAAUCAGUUAAUUAUUCUGAGAACAACCAGCAGUUUUCUUAUGCUCCCAACACUGAACACAUGAACAUUUCAAAUGAUUACUAUAGCAGUCAGAAAUCAGUUAAUUUUUCUGAGAACAACCAGCAGUUUUCUUAUGCUCCCAACAUUGGGAUAUCAUCUGCUGGGCGUCCUCCUCAUGCUUUGGUUACAUUUGGAUUUGGUGGAAAGCUCAUUGUAAUGAAAGAUGGUAAUUCAAGUUCUUUGGGGAGCACAUCAUUUGGAAGUCAGGCACCUGUUGGAGGCUCAAUCUCUGUUCUGAAUUUGAUGGAGGUUAUAUCGGGAAAUACCAACAAUGAUCCAAGUGUUCGAGGGAGCACAUGUAAUUAUUUUCGUGCUCUCUGUCAACAAUCAUUUCCAGGUCCGCUGGUGGGAGGCAAUGUUGGAAGUAGAGAGUUGAAUAAGUGGAUUGAUGAGAGAAUUACUAAUUGUGAAUCCACCAUUGACAUGGAUUAUAAAAAAGGAGAAGUAAUGAAGUUGCUUCUCUCUUUGCUUAAAAUAGCUUGUCAACAUUAUGGAAAACUUCGAUCUCCUUUUGGCAGUGAUGCUUCUUUGAAGGAGAGUGAUGCUCCAGAAUCAGAAGUUGCAAAACUUUUUGCAUUUGCUAAGCAGAAUGGCUCGCAAUUCAGUGCUUAUGGUGCUUUCUGCCACUGCUUGCAGAGUUUGCCAUCUGAAGGUCAAAUUCAGGCAACUGCAUCUGAGGUACAAAAUCUUCUGGUUUCUGGUAGAAAAAAAGAGGCUUUACAAUGUGCACAAGCAGGCCAGUUGUGGGGACCUGCACUUGUUCUUGCAUCGCAGCUUGGUGAUCAGUUCUAUGUUGAUACUGUGAAGCAAAUGGCACUUCGCCAGCUGGUAGCAGGAUCACCUUUGCGGACAUUAUGUCUGCUAAUUGCAGGGCAACCAGCUGAUGUAUUUACCAGUGGUGCCACAGAUGGCGGUCCUGGUGCUAUGCCUCAACAGCCUAUCCAGUUUGAGGCAAAUGGCAUGCUUGACGAUUGGGAAGAGAAUUUGGCUGUAAUAACUGCUAACCGAACCAAGGACGAUGAGCUUGUAAUUAUACAUCUUGGAGAUUGCCUGUGGAAGGAAAGAAGUGAGAUUACCGGUGCACACAUCUGCUAUUUAGUGGCAGAAACCAACUUUGAAACAUAUUCAGACAGUGCAAGGCUAUGUCUUAUUGGAGCAGAUCAUUGGAAGCAUCCGAGGACCUAUGCUAGUCCAGAAGCUAUUCAGAGAACUGAAUUGUAUGAGUAUGCAAAGGUGCUUGGCAACUCCCAGUAUAUCCUGCUACCAUUCCAGCCAUAUAAGUUGAUAUAUGCAAAUAUGCUGGCCGAAGUGGGCAAAGUUUCAGAUUCAUUAAAGUACUGUCAGGCAAUAUUAAAAUCUCUAAAAACUGGACGUGCUUCAGAAGUAGAAACAUGGAAACAAUUAGUAUUAUCCCUUGAGGAGAGGAUUAGAGCCCAUCAACAGGGCGGAUACACAGCAAAUUUGGCUCCAGCAAAGUUAGUAGGGAAAUUGCUCAACUUUUUCGAUAGUACUGCUCACCGUGUUGUUGGGGGUCUUCCACCACCUGUACCAUCAACAUCACAAGGUAAUGAGCAUCAUCACCAGCAAAUGGUGCCUAGGGUAUCAUCUAGUCAGUCAACAAUGGCCAUGUCAUCAUUAAUGCCUUCUGCUUCAAUGGAGCCCAUAAGUGAAUGGGCAGCUGAUGGCAAUAGAAUGACAAUGCAUAAUAGAAGUGUUUCUGAGCCAGAUAUUGGUAGAACUCCAAGACAGGUUGAGUCGUCAAAGGAAGAAACCUCAUCUAGUGCACAAAGCAAAACAUCUUCAGGAACUUCAUCCCGCUUUAGUCGUUUUGGUUUUGGUUCACAGCUUUUGCAAAAGACUGUAGGGCUAGUCUUAGGGCCCCGUUCAGAUCGACAGGCUAAAUUGGGAGAAAAGAACAAAUUCUAUUAUGAUGAAAAGCUUAAGAGAUGGGUAGAAGAAGGUGCUGAACUACCAGCUGAAGAAGCAGCCCUGCCACCCCCUCCAACAAUUUCAGCCUUCCAGAACGGAAUGUCUGAUUACAACUUGAAAUCUGCAAUAAAGAGUGAAGGGUCUCCCACUAAUGGGAGCCCAACAUUUAAGACUCCAACUCCUGCAGAGCACUCUUCAGGGAUUCCACCUAUUCCAACCAAUUCAAAUCAGUUCUCAGCUCGUGGACGGAUGGGUGUACGAGCAAGGUAUGUUGACACUUUUAACCAAGGAGGUGGAAGCUCAGCAAAGUUAUUCCAGUCACCUUCCGUGCCAUCUGUCAAACCUGCUGUUUCUGCAAAUGCAAAGUUUUUUGUUCCCACACCUCUUCCAUCAAGUGAAAAUUCAAAAGAAACUAUGGCAGACAAUGUUCAAGAAAGCACAGGAUUUGCUGAAGACCCUUCGACAUCUGUUGAUGGCUCUUUCCAAUCUCCCUCAUCUUCUUCAAAAAUGAACAUGCAAAGGUUCCCAAGCAUGGAUAAUAUUGCAAGAGGGGGGAGAGCAAUAAAUGGCAGUGGCAAUGCCUCCAUGUCAUCUCUCUCUCGACGACCGGCUUCAUGGAGUGGGAGCUUCAGCGAAUCGUAUAGCCCCCCAAAAAUGGUGGAAACUAAACCUUUAGUAGAGGCACUGGAAAUGCCUCCACCAUCAUCUUUCAUGCCUGGUGAUCCUUCUAUGACGCAUAUGCCAAUGAAUGGUAGCAAUAUUGGAGAUGACCUUCAUGAGGUGGAACUUUAGAAGUUGUAAAUACCAAGUUUUGUUCCUUGUGAUCAAUACAGUACUUGGGAUGGGCAUCGCCAUGCACAUCUCGAAAAGGCACAAUGUUUGCACCAGCAUCAGGAUUCAGAAAAGAAAGUAAAAUCUGAUUUUCACAAAAUUUCCCGUGUCAACUCUCUCGCCUCUUAAAUGUAAGUGGAAAUGUGGUUGGCAUAUAUUUUAUUGCAAACUAAGCAUCGGCUUUAUUUUAAUCUCACAGGAAUUGCAAUCUUCAAAUGCUUGAGGAGCUGGUUUUUGUUUUUUUUAACAGCAAAACAAAGGCAUCCUUCACAGGCAUUGUUGUACAGUUCAUUUGUUCAUUUGUUGAGAACAGGAAAUGUCUGGUGAGCAUGAUGGAAGCAUGCCCCAGAAAGGUCUUGUCGAGGGACUGAAUAGUGUACUCAUUUUGAAAAAUAAAAAUAGAAGAUAAAAAUAAAGCGUUUUGUUUGCUCAA